ACUUUUUCUAGUUGCAGUAAAGGCGGCGUCUGCCUCAGUUCUUUAACUGGUCUCGUGCCCACAGUCUUUCUACCAUGGAUUUCGUUGUUUGGACACUGGUUUUCUUCCAAUCAAUGACGGCCGUUUCGUCGCAGGGAUUUUCGGCAAUGGAACCACUCAUUAGUCCAGCUGGAAGCGGUAACGGAAUCCACAGCGUAGCCAACUCAAAUCCCAGUCUAAAUGCACGCCCCAAUGGCGCCGGAGGAGCUCCGAACAAUCCUGCCAUGGAAACCGUUCAAAACCCUAAUCGUUUUGGCAUGGCUCCAUUUUUAGGCCAACAGGGUGGACCUGGAACAGACUUUAACCGACCCUCGAAUAUCGGUAAUCCGGAUCCCAAUACUCUGAUAAAUAGGAGGGCAAGGCCACAGCAGCCGCCCAUGGUCGUAAAACUACCACACAUGUGUCACACAACGAGUUGGAGUACCGAUACGAUGGUUGUUAUGCCAAUGCCUAUGUCAAGGAUGAAGACUGCUGUUGGGACAUUGCCACUGAGAGGAGGAGUGGUGAUGCAACAAGGCAGGGGAAGAAUUCCUUUCUCUAUGGGACAGAUAAUGGUAAUGAAAAUGAGAAAUCAAAUGAUGUCUAUGGCAAGGCAAGGUUCAGCGGCAAUGUCAGAAAAACCAAUGCAUGCCAUGGGAGAAAAUAACAUGGUUGCAAUGGCUAAACCCGUAAUGAAUGGCGCCAUGGCUGGGAGCAUGAUGAAUGGAAUGGGUACCGUGCCACAACCUGAACCAAUGAUGGCAACACCUGAACAAAAUAUGAUUGGUGUAGGUGCUAUGCCACAACCUCAACCAAACAUUAUGAGUGGUAUGGCACCAAUGCCAGAACCAAACAUGAUGAAUGGAAUUACACCCAUGAAUAAAUUAAAUAUGAUGAACGGCAUGAACUCUAUGCAACAACCACAACCAAACAUGAUGGCACCGAUGCCAGAGCCAAACAUGAUGAAUGGAAUGGCAUCCAUAAAUGGACAAACUAUGAUGAAUGGAAUAAUUCCACAAACUACACAAAACAAAAUGAAUGCAAUACCACCGAUGUCUGAUCCGGUAAACGGGAUGGGCGCUUUGUCACAACCUGAACCUCAUAUGAUGAAUGUCAUGAGCUCUGCUUCGUCAUCAGGGACAAAUAUAAUGGGCAAUAAUGGAUUAAUGUCAAUAAUGUCUAUGACACAAAAUGGGGUACCUUCACAACCAAAGAAUCAGCAGCAAGUCGUUUGGGCGGUACCGUCUGCUAAUGUUAUGGUAGCAAUGUCUUAUCCAACGCCAAAUGGAGCCACAAAUGUGCAGCGAGUGGCUAUAUACUGAUCUGAAAGAUAACAGAAAAAAAAUCCCAUAUUUGUCUUCCUGUUUUAAUAUAAGAUUCCGUUUGCCGAAGGCACGUUUUGUAAAUUUCAUUGUGAUAUAUGUAUAUUUAUUUGAAUGGCUAUUGAAAUAGAUGAAGGGGAAGUUAAUUGUU